CACGGACACGGCGGGCUCGGGACGCGCCACGGGCAGCGGCUCCGCGCGGGCUCCGACACACAGGCACACAGACAGACACACACACACACAGACAGAGAGACAGACAGCGGCACCGCCACAGCACAGACACAGACACAGAGCGCAGCGGCACCGCGGCACCGCACGCAGCUCAGCGGCACCGCGCCGGGCUCGGGCGCAGCGCAGCGCGGCACCGGCAGCGGGAGGAGGACGAGCGGCGCACGGUGCUGGAGCCCGGCCGGCGGCACUGCCCGGAGAUGUCGGGGGUGCUGGUGAUCGCUGCCUGGUGCUUCCUGCAAGUGGAGAGCCGGCAUCCUGAGAUCAUCACGAGUAACAGCAAUCAUGGCAAUUUCCUGGACAACGACAAAUGGCUGAGCACCGUCUCGCAGUACGAUAAAGACAAGUACUGGAACAAAUUCCGGGAUGAUGAUUAUUUCAGAAACUGGAAUCCAAACAAGCCGUUUGAUCAAGCCCUUGAUCCAUCCAAAGAUCCCUGCCUGAAGGUGAAGUGCAGCCCACACAAAGUGUGUGUCACCCACGACUACGAGACCGUGAUUUGCGUGAGCCGCAAGCAGCUGGUGCACAGCCUUCGACAAAAGAAAGGCAACUUGGCCCAGAAGCACUGGGCUGGAGCAGCCAACGUGGCCAAGUGCAAACCCUGCCCUGUGGCACAUGCCAGCGCUGUCUGCGGCUCCGACGGGCACACCUACAGCAGCCAGUGCAAGAUGGAGUUCCAUGCCUGUACUUCUGGCAAAGCCAUCACAGCUCGAUGUGAAGGGCCCUGCCCCUGCCUGCCAGGACCUGAAAGUUUAAAACACAAGACAGAGAAAACUGCUUGCACAGACAAGGAGCUGAGGAGUCUGGCCUCAAGGCUGAAGGACUGGUUUGGAGCCCUGCACGAGGAUGCCAAUCGUGUCAUCAAACCCACGAGCUCGGAGACAGCACAAGGCAGAUUUGACACCAGCAUCCUACCAAUCUGUAAGGAUUCCUUAGGCUGGAUGUUCAACAAGCUUGACAUGAACUAUGACCUGCUGCUGGAUCCCUCGGAGAUCAGUGCCAUUUACCUGGACAAGUACGAGCCGUGUGUCAAACCGCUCUUCAACUCCUGCGACUCCUUCAAGGACGGGAAGCUUUCCAACAACGAGUGGUGCUACUGCUUCCAGAAGCCAGGAGGUCUUCCUUGCCAGAAUGAAAUGAAUAGAAUUCAAAAGCUAAGUAGAGGGAAGAGUCUGUUGGGUGCUUUCAUCCCCCGCUGCAAUGAGGAAGGUUAUUACAAAGCCACCCAGUGCCAUGGCAGCACGGGGCAGUGCUGGUGUGUUGAUAAGUAUGGCAAUGAGAUAGCUGGCUCCAGAAAGCAAGGCACAGUCAGCUGUGAAGAAGAGCAAGAAACCUCAGGGGAUUUUGGCAGUGGUGGAUCUGUUGUGUUGUUGGAUGAUUUGGAAGAGGAACCUGAAGCAACAAAAAAAGACAAAGAAGGGAAACUGAAGAUUCAUGUAAGAGCAGCUAAUGAAGAUGAUGAAGAUGAAGAUGAUGAUAAGGAUGAUGAAAUUGGUUAUAUAUGGUAGUGCCCAUCAUGAUGAGGACUCACGUUUUGCACAAUAUUGCAACUCACAUCAUAUCUCUGCAAUUGUAUCUGAGAGUACCUGGCACAAAAAUUCCCUCUCUACUGAGUUUAAUUUUGUAUAGCCAAUUUAAUUUGGAUGACAACUUUUUUUUCCAGCAAAGGACUGUUUGGAAUACAGCUUUUGUUCAGUUGGUUUAGGGGAUUUUUGUUCUAUCCACAGGGGCAAUGAGUUUUGUUUCAAAACCAUUUCGUGUCUUAAUCCUCAUUUGCACCACUUAUGAAAUCCAUCUUGUGAAGAAAUCCUGGAAGGGGCUCAAAAAAAAAAAAACAAUACAAAGGCUAAGAAGCCCCUCUCAUGUCAGAGAAUUUGUGUCAUAAAUUGUUACCUGGAUCAUAUGAGAAAAAGAUUUUUCUUUCAUGAAGAAGGAAAAGUAGGUGCCUCGUUUUCCAGUAUAUAUUUAUAAUGUCCCAGUGAGGAGUAAGUAUCUUUGGACAGUGGCUGCCCAGUACCAGGGGUUUAAUCCAGAGGAAAACCCAGGACUGGCAGGACUUUCCCUUCCUUCCAUUCUCUGAGCAUGAGUCAACAGGUUUAGUCCAGCUCACACUGAAGGCAAAACUCCCACCAGGGCACAAUCAGCUCACUGACACUCUUUAUUUGAUAAAGGAACACAACUUCUUGAUCUUAAGAGAUGCUGCAGCUGUCCUAGACCAAGGGUGUUUAAGGGGAGAGCAUUUGGUGCAUUUGUUGCACCAUAAGCACCCCCAGAGCUGUUCCUCAGCUGCUCAUUUGCACCAGGAGGGUCCCUGAUAACACACAGGCAGCUCUGCUCCCAGCUCACACACCUCAGAGCUCUCUGUUCUCCACUGAGCAGCCCUCCUUCCAAAGCCAGAAUGCUGCCCAAGACACCAGCCCUCAAAAGGAACUGUCCCUUAUUUCAUACAGAUACAGAUACCUGUUCCAAAAAGCAGCUUUAGGUGGUGAUAUUGCAAAAGCAAAACCCCUUGGCUCAGUGUGGCUCCACACUUGUAAUGCACACUCCUGAAAGAGAAUAGAAUUAAAAUCCAGUCUGUGAUUCCCUCAAUACCUCCCAUAUAUUCAAAGCUCUUGUAUCAGAGCAUAUUGACAUUACAUUAUUUGCAGUGUCCUUUCCCAUGGCAGUUCUCAGAUGCAGUAAUGUGCUGUGGUGAUCUUUUAUUGUUUUUGCUGUUUUGUGAAGCAGUAAGAGGAACCUUAACCCCACUCUUGCAUUAGGAUGCAGGUGUAAAUAUUUUAGCAGAGCCUGUGGUUGGCCAGUGAGUUAUUUUGCAGAAUGAAAAACGUGUUUUUUAUAACAAAAACUAAUUAGAUUUUUUUUCUGAGUUAAUGGUGGAUAUAGAGGUGGAGACAGCAUUGAGUCACAACAUGGUUAUCUACAUAGUUAGUUGAAAGCUGGAAAAUACCACACAGGUUGGCAGAAGUCAGUUUUUAGGUACAUUGGCCUGGGGAUGUUGGCUCUCAGCCCUCUCCAAAGCCAGUGCCUGCCUGGCAGCCCUCUGGGUAGGACCUCUGCUUUCAGAUGUGAUCAGAAGUGGAAUUACUUUCAGGUACCAUGUGCUGCAGGGGCUCUCCUGUUUUCUCCUCUUUUGUUUCCUAUUUAUCCAGAUCAAUGACCUGAGAACAAAGAGCAAGCCUACAUAAUCAUUAUUAAUGCAGAAGGAUGUGUAAAACCAUGAGGAAUUUGUUGUUUCACGCCCCUGCAUCCUCCCAAAAAUCUGCCAUCACAGUCAUUUGCAAAAGGCCUGCAAUCUGCCCUGCCUCAAAUAAAUCUCUUUGGUUUUCCCAUAGCUUUAGAAAAAUAUAUUUAAUAAUCAUUUUCCAUGAGCUGCACCACACACACAGACACACACACACACACACAUAUGCACACUUUUUCUAUUUACCUUUCACAGAAAUCCUGCCAACUUGCAAGAGGAGCAGAAAACCCAGCAUUUCUGUCUCCCUAAAUAUGAUUUUGUGAGAAGCAAUUGAACACUGUCAGUAGGUUCCUUCUCAAACAUCCUGUCUAGUUUUCCUCUGGUAUUUUCUUAAUUAACCCCACACUCUCUGGGCCUGGCUCUGCUGUCCUGUGCAAGACCUGCCUGAGGCACAGAGCUGCCAUUUCAUUCUGCCAUAAGUCUGAGCUCCACAAUCAGCAGAUUAUGCUGAUCCUCCUGGCUGGACUUGUUCUCCACACAGAGCCAGGGGGGUUUUUGGCAGUCCUGUGUCCCUACAACACAGCUUAUCCUGGGCUGUGCCUUCCACCAAAGGUCACAGAGCAAAUCCCUUCUCCUCCCCAGGGCAAAGCCUGGCACUCUGAGCCCUUGUAGGCAGCACCAGGUCUGAGGCUGCAGGGGGCUGUGUCCCGUGUAAACAUGCAAUAUGGUUAAAUUAAAGCUGUUAAAUAAGCCUUUAAAAGGGAAUGUGAACAUCUUCACAUGUGCAGACAUGGCAGCACCACCCACUGGUGGUCUCCUGGCUGUGAUCUUUUACAUGAGAUACUUCCAAAUCAGAGUUGGAAUUAUAAGUCAGAGCUUUAUAUCUAACUGUGAACCAAUUACUGUCUGUCAGACUCAACAGCUCAAACAUUAGGUGGUGAAACAGCCCCAGUGAAACAGCUCCAUGCCCAGCACAGCCUGGCGAAGGGUCAGGUGCUUUGGCUGGCUUGGGUGGCCCCUGGUAGCUCAUCCCCAGAGCCCAGAAACACACACAGACACACACAAACUGUUCUAGGCAUGCUGGCCUGGAUCCAGGCACACCCCCCCCACUCUCCAGUCACCUCUUUGACUCGUGCAAGUGUUCUUGUGGCUCCAGCCAGAGUGGGAAAUGUGCCAUUUAUGGGCUGGGGCAGCUAGGCAGGGCAGCCCUGGCCAGUGCCAGGGUCCAGCAGGCAGGAGCAUGCUUGGAAGGGCAGCUCAGAGUCUGUAUUGCUUUGAGAGCAAGUUCCAAAAUCCUGCAAAGAUAUUUAACAAAGCCCUUUUGUGAUCCACUGGCAUCCUCCCAUGGUGGGGACCUGGAGCCUAUGAGCCUAUAUAUACACAUGUAUAACUCAGUGUGACUGUAUAUAUGCAUUUAUGCACAAAUAUGUGUGUGCAUAUGUGUGUGUGUGUGUGUGUGUGUGUGUGUGUGUGUGUGUGUGUGUGUCCAGUUUGGGGAGAUGCAUUAAGAAAAUCUUCUAUUUAAUGAAAUAGUGAUAAAGAAACCAGCAAUUCUACCAAGAACCAGUGCUCCUCCAGAUCAAGCCCCUUCCAUUUUUCAUGCUUUGUAAAGGAUUUAAUUUGCUUCCAACUUAAUUUAAUUCAAUUCCUUUCUUUUUCUCUUUCCUUUUCCUUUUUUGUUUUUACAAAGCAAGACUUACUUCCCAUGUGAAUCAAGUCAUUGACCUUCCAAACAUUUUCUCAUUGUGAAAAAUGGAAUCUGAGUUGUCCCAUUCUUUUAGAAACACAAACCAAUUUUUAACCUCAUUUUCUUUUCAAAUUACAGUCUAUGAGGUACUGUUAGGCAUUGCUUUAUGUUCCUUUUAACUAGUGUAGUUAAAUCAAAAUGUUGAGUUCAGAUUUCAGCACAGCUGGAUUUUUUUUGGUCAUUACUGGCCUUUGCUGUGAACACAAAGAAUCCUCUUUAUUUACUUUGCCUUUUUUUUAAGCUAUUCUGUACUAUUAUUUUUAACCAUUUGAACUGUUUAUUUAAUAUUUAUUCUACAGUUUAUAUUGAAGAUGUAAAGUUUAUAUUUAAAACAACACUGUUUGUUAGUGAAUGCUUCUCUUUGCCUCCCCAGCCUAGUCUGUUAGUCUCAGUGUACAUUUCUGGCAUGGGAAUAUUUUGAUAUUAGGAGUUUUGUAGCCUUUUCUCCCUCAAGCAGCAACUGAUGUAGAUCUAAGGUCAGCACCUGACCCAGCCCAGGUCGCUCGAGCUUCGCUCCCUCCAUUUGUUGGCUUCUCUGCAGCCCCUCCUGUGUCCCACCCUGCCACCCACAGACUGCCUUGUACAGUUCCUACACAUCAAAAAGCCCUUUCUACAGUAGGUGGGUUCUGGUCUUUUUAUACUUUUCUCAAUGCUGUUGAUGUCUGUUACUGUUCAAUGUGUAGAUCUGUAAGGAGAAAUCCAAAUAUUUCGUGUUUCAGUUCGAUGUCCCUACUGUAGAUGGAUGUAGACUAUCAUAGUAAGUAGAACUGCAUAGUAAAUUCUGAAUGCUUUUUCCAUAAGGAGUUAAGUGGAAUGUGAGCAUUUUGCUACCUUUGGUUAACUGUAAAUGCUUAACUGUAGUCUGAAAUAGUUGCAUUUUUGUCUGUCUCAAUAAAUUUUAAUUUGUCUGCGA